AUGACAUAAGUAAAUUCUAUGGCUAUGCAAUGCGUGCAUUAAGACAGCAUCGAAUCUAAUGUGUAACGAAAUUUUGUCUUUCUUUUUCUUUUCUAAGAAAAAGUCAUGGUAAAUGUUACAAAAGGAAUUUUGGUCGAAUGUGAUGCAGCUAUGAAGGAAUUCCUUUUACAUCUGGAUGAAACUUUUGCCUUAGGACGAAAAUUUAUAAUUCAAGAUUUGGAUGAAAAACACUUAUUUAUUUCUGCUGAUAUCUUAGAUACAUUACAAGCAAAAGUUGAUGAUCUUAUGGAUCAAAUAUCAUUUCCUUUAGCAGAAAAAGGAAUAUAAAUAUUACAUAAGAAAUAUUUC